AUGUACAUUGGGGGCAAUACCAUUUUCGAAUAUACCAAAGUAGCUAUGUACGAAGGGUACAUGUCAAACAGGUUCACUAUGGAAUUGGCCCCCGCAUAUUUGGCGCCCCCUGUGGGACUUCGCCACAAAGUAACCACCGAUGAAGGCUUCUCCCGACGCAAUCCUAAAGACGGGCCGUAUGGUGUGUUUAUCUCGCUCGUCAACGAGGGAGUUUAUCAAGCGAUUGAUACUGGCCCUUACGAGCACCUAUGGAACCGGUCGACUACAUUUGUCAUGUCCCUCCUUUGGGAAUCCAAUGAUCGGCGUAAAUGGGCAAUGGAGCAGUUGAUCUCGAUGAACAUCGCAAUUGACGUACAGAAUGAGACGAAAUUGAAGCUUCCUCCUGGCACUGGCUGUAUUGAAGUGCAUAAUCUUCAUCGUGCAGGCAUUCAGCUAGAUCUAGCGGUGAGAGAUGUUAAGUUCUAUCGUUCAACUGCACGCUACGAGGAUUUUCAACGCCAUGUCGCCAAAUUUCAAAGUAAAUCCUCGGUGUCUAAUACUUUGGAUAUUGAAGAUGGUGCUUAUCAACAACCUAAUGGACAGGCCACAUUGAAACCAACGCGUAAAGCCAAGGCGAAUUUAAGGGUAUCAUUGGGCGAUGCGAUUCACACACAUGCAAAGAUGGCUGCAUCACAAACGCCGCGUCCUGCUCGGAAGCCCGUUUCCUGA